GUUGUCCGUGCGGCGCACACGCAGCGAUGGCGGCCGAUCGGAUAACGUUCAAAAUCAACGGCGUUGAGCAUUCAGUGGGCAGCGAGGUUCGAGCAGACCUGACUCUAGUCGACUACAUCAGGAAUGGUGCUGAACUGCGCGGCACGAAGUACAUGUGCCGGGAGGCUGGCUGCGGCGCCUGCAUUGUCGCUGUCUCCAAAUACCCUGGUGCCCCUGUACACUCUGUGAAUGCGUGCGUGAUAUCAGUAUUAUCAUGCAAUGGUUGGGACAUCACAACGGUGGAAAAGCUGGGGAACAAGAAGACUGGCUACCACGUGCUGCAGAGGACCUUGGCGAAGAUGAAUGGCACGCAGUGCGGCCACUGCACUCCGGGAUGGAUCAUGGCUAUGUACAGCUUGCUGCAAGGAAAAAAGAAGCUUACCAUGAAAGAAAUAGAGCAGUCAUUCGGCAGCAACAUUUGCCGAUGCACCGGGUACAGACCUAUUUUGGAAACGUUCAAGAAAUUCGCCGCAGAUUCCCCGAACCCCAUAACAGAUAUUGAGGAUCUUCGAAUUUGUGAUAGAACUGGAAGAGCCUGUUCGCCAGAUUCAUGUCUGGAUAGUGAUUGGUGUGUUAUAUCGAACGUAAAAUUUAAUACUACAAUGACGAGAAUCAAACUCAAAGAUGGCAGAAUCUGGUACAUCGCGUUCACAAUUAAGGACAUUUUCCUGGCUUUGGCCAGGGAUGGAGUCAAUUCCUACAUGCUGGUCGGUGGGAAUACUGCUAAAGUGCCAUAUCCAAUAACCGAGUACCCCAAAGUCUUGAUAGACGUAGACGACGUACAGGAGCUGAAGGGCUACAGGAUGGACCAGAACCUAGUGGUCGGCGCUGGUUCGACCCUCACGGAACUCCUGGACAUCUUCCAAACUGUGUCCUCCACCGACGGCUUCGGUUAUUUGCGAACUCUACAUGAGCAUCUGCAACUCGUGGCUCACAUACCCGUUAGAAAUAUUGGCACCAUCGCCGGCAACCUGAUGAUCAAACAUAAACAUAAUGAGUUCCCAUCAGACUUAUAUCUUAUUUUUGCUACAGUUGGCGCCCAAAUAACAGUGUUAAACAUCAUAGGACGAGAAAUCUUAACAAUGAGGGCGUUUCUAAAUACCAGCAUGCAUGGGAAAGUGAUAAUGAACAUUCUUCUACCGCCUCUGAGUGACGCACAUAAGGUGGUCACUUUUAAGAUAAUGGCAAGAAGCCAAAGCGUCCACGCCGUGGUAAACGCGGGGUUCUUCUACCAACUGUACCGUGCCAACAAAGUCCAGAAAGCCAGGAUUGUCUACGGCAACCUUUCUCCAAACUUUAACCGAGCCUCAAAAACAGAGAAGUUUCUAGUAGACAAGAGUUUGUUCACGAACGAUACCUUACAAGCGUCUCUGAAGAUAUUGGCGAGUGAGCUGGUGGUUGCAGAGAAUCCCCCGGAGGCAUCCGCAGCGUUUAGAAAGUCUUUGGCUUGUAGACUUUAUUAUAAAGGUUUGUUAUCAUUGUGUCCGAAAGCAGCUUUGCACCCUCGUUGCACAUCAGGAGCCAUCAAACUCCGUGAAUCAAGGCCGGUUUCAUCAUCUCAGCAGGUGUUUGAGACUGAUACAUCCAUGUGGCCACUCACCCAGCCGCUGCAGAAGGUUGAGGCUCUGAUUCAAUGUUCCGGAGAGGCUAAGUAUACAGAAGACUUGCCAGCAUACCCCAACGAGGUAUUUGGGGCUUUUGUCCUCAGCACUAUUGGUAGUGGUAAUAUCGUGUCUAUUGAUGCCAGCGCUGCAUUGAACUAUCCAGGAGUCAUAGCAUUCUACAGUGCAAAAGAUAUCCCUGGCUUGAAUGCCUUCACGCCGAAUAACGUCGUUCUUUACACGAAUUAUGAAGAAGUAUUGAGUAGUGGAACUAUCAUGUUCUACAAUCAGCCUAUAGGCAUCAUAGUAGCAGAGGUCCAGCAGGUCGCUAACAUAGCUGCUAAGCUUGUGAAAGUGACUUACGGAAACGUAAAAAGACCAAUUGUUCACAUAGACGAAGCGAGGAAAGAUCCAAGCAGGAAUAAUCUGUUCAUGACAGUAACUGCGCAAGAUCGGGGAACAAAUAUAGACAGAGUGAUAAAGAACCACGCAGGGGUAUAUGGUCAGUGCCACUUCCCUAUGGAAACGUUGGCUUGCGUCGCGAUUCCAACGGAGGAGGGAUUGGAAGUGCACUCGACAGCGCAAUGGAUAUCAGGAACUCAGCAGGUGAUAGCUGCUGCUUUGAAUGUGGAUGCGAAUAAGAUCGACGUGCAUAUCCGUCGCAUAGGAGGCGGUUUUGGUUACAAGCUAUCCCGUAAUAUGCAAUCGGCAGUGGCGUGUAGUGUAGUGGCAUUUUUACUAAACCGGCCUUGCCGAUUUAUUCAACCACUAACGACGAACUUGAAGGCUAUGGGGAAGAGGUUACCCACUGUCGCUGAUUUUGAGGUGGGCGUCAACAGCGCUGGUGCUAUUCAAUAUUUGAACUUGGAAACUUAUCAAGAUAACGGCUACAUGUAUAAUGAAGACUUCUACAGAUUAAGUAUAGACUCCAUAUACAACUGUUAUGACAAUAGGAGGUGGACGUAUAGUACUUAUAACACUCUGACAAAUACACCGAAAAAUACUUGGUGCAGAGCUCCAGGUACGCUGGAAAACAUCGCAAUUACAGAACUAAUGAUGGAACAAAUAGCAUACGAAUUGUCUCAAGAUCCUGUUGAAGUACGCCUUGCUAAUCUAGACAAUUCUAGAUACAAUGAUUUGAGAGAAAUCAUCGAGACUUUAAAAACAACUUCACAAUAUAAUGAGAGGCGAGUACAGGUCGAUAACUUUAACUCUGCGAAUAGAUGGAAAAAACGAGGUCUCCGCUUCAGUUUCAUGAGAUGGUCUCCUAUAUCUGCUGGAACCUACAAAGUUGUUAUGUCAGCAUUCUAUAGCGAUGGUUCUAUUUCUAUUACCCACGAUGGAAUUGAAAUGGGUCAGGGUAUCAAUACUAAAGCAAUACAGAUAGCAGCUUUCAUGCUGAAGAUACCUGUCGAUAAGAUCCAGGUGAAAGCAACGAACACCAAUGUAACACCAAAUAGUUUUUUGUCAGGGGGAAGUGUUACCACCCAGAAUAUUGGAGUUGGCGUGAGAAAUUGUUGCACCGAGCUGUUGAGGAGACUCCAGCCUAUAAGAGACAGUAUGAACAAUCCACCCUGGGAACAACUGAUAAAGGGCGCCUUCGAUGCUAAUGUAGAUCUUCAGACUACAGGGCUGUUCAAUGCAAAUGAGUUCGAAAAUUAUAACACGUUCGGAUCUGCCCUGGCCGAGGUGGAAGUGGACAUCCUGACCGGUGAAGCGAUGGUGUUGAGAGUGGAUUUACUGGAAGAUGUGGGACGAAGCGUUAACCCUGAACUGGAUAUUGGCCAAGUUGAGGGAGCAUUUAUUAUGGGUCAAGGAGUUUGGACCUGCGAGCAAGUGGUAACCGACAGGAACACCGGCGAGGUGCUCACGGAUCGAGCGUGGAAUUACCACGUCUCGCUGGCACAGGACAUCCCGCUAGACUUCAGGGUGGAGUUCAGGAAAAACUCCAUAGGAACCCCGAGUGCAUUUGGAGCAAAAUGUGUUGGUGAACCUCCUAUCUGCAUGUCGGUGGUGGUGCCCAUUGCCAUCAGAGAAGCACUGUCCGCAGCACGAUUCGAAAGCGGGAUACCCACCACACAAUGGUUCCAGAUUGAUGGACCUUACAACGUUGAAAGUAUUGGACUGGCGGCCGCAGUCAAAUUGGAGGAUUUAAAAUUCUUUUGAUUGCCCUAAAAUGCAUGUGUAUAAUAAAAUAUUAUGCAAAAAUUUGCUGGUUGCCGGCCACUUUCAAUAUACAGGCCUGGAAAUCUUUGAUGGAGUUCCAAGCUCAUUAGUGGAUGUUCUGUAUCCGUUGGUUAUGAUUAAAAAUGUAUUUUAUCGUAAUCAAGAUUCGGUUUACAUCCGUGCAGUGGCCGGAUAGUAACCAAACCUUAUCAUAAUAUGUCGCCGAAAUAGGUGCAGGCAGCAGGCGCGCUCGCAAGCCUUUUGCCAUAUUUAGAAGAACCCAGUAAUACUUGCCGAAGUUUAUACGGCGGAUUUUGUGGUCCAUGGUCUUACACGGACUUCCUGUUUGGACUGAUAUUGUGCAGGUCUACUGCGCAAACCGCAGACUAUGGUGCUGUGAACCAUCAGAGGCACACACAUUGCACCGUUCCUACUUUGGGAGUUGGAUACCAAUACAUCUUGUCAGCAAUGUUCUGGCGAAAGUAUGUGUCCUUUGGCACUUCUCGCUGGUGUGUUGGUCCAUAAGUAUAACACACCCUCGAGUGCCCAGCCUGGGACCUACAACGUAGCGCUCUUAGAGUAGUUCGUCGGGAAAGACUUCUCUUUCUUUUUUCUUCUAUCUUGCCGACCAGGUUCAAAAUAUUCGUACCAUUCGGCCUCCCAGUGGUUGUGCAUGGCGAUAACGCGGUUUUUCCUCGCGAGAAAAAUAGGACCGUAUCAUACAAAAUGCAUUGUAACUAGUUACACUGUGUACCAGAUUGAGUAACAUUUUCAUGUUUCGGCUUUCUUUGCCAUUUGCUACCAAAUACAAAGAAUUGUGGAUUUCCAUUACUGCAGAGUUCUGGUAUCUACAAGGUCCAGAUGUAACUGGUUAACAUAUUGCUCUAGCUAUAUGUAUAACUUUGUAAGAAACCUUAUUAUUCAUUGUGUUAUUAUAAUAAAAAUAUUCACAUUUAAAAGGAAUUAUUCAUUGGAAUAUUACUAUUGUACUGUAAUAAAACCUAUGUAUGUGGUUGUUGAUAGCUUUAGAUAUUU